AUGGGCAAACUCCAAUCAAAACAUGGUGGUAGUUUUGCUGCCAAUGUGCUCACCUGUCAGGGAGAGUGGGAACAUACUGGUCUCCACACCCACACAAUCAGAUUUAAGCAGGAGUUGUGCAGAAGGGACGUGAAGGAUGAGCAGGUCCUGAACCAUAAGUGCCCCCUACAGGUGGUACUGCCACCAGAGGAGAGGGAGAGCUCCAUCCACGUUCCAUUCAGACAGCCCAGGAAGAGAAACAGCCAUGUUGAUGACACAGAGUGCACCGUGGUGUUGGAGGAUGACACUCGGCAAGAGAGGGUUUUUACACUGUAUCACUUUGACAACAGCGGUAAAGUCACCAAGCAGGAUAUGUGCAGUCUCAUGCAGUCCAUCUAUGAGGUGGUUGAAGCGUCGGCCAAGCAGCCGUCCUGUAGCAGCACAGCCCUGAAGGUCAAGCUGGUGGUAGGCCCCUCCAGCAGCUCUGGCCGGGGCUCUAGAACAGGUGACAGAAUGGAGGUCCAGCAGGAGGAGGCUGGGAGCCCAGAGAGGAUUUUUCACUGUGUGGAUGAAAACACAGAACGCAGGAAUCACUACUUAGACCUAGCUGGGAUAGAGAACUAUUCCUCCAAGUUUGACAAUGCAGACGCCCCGUCUCAGGAGCCCAGAGUGGACACACGCUCAGCCCAGCAGCACCGCUCAGUGUUGGUAGGGGAGAACUGCGGUGCAACUGAGUCCAGAGGUAGGGGCCUCUCCUUCAACAGGUCUCUCAGGGGCCACGUCAAGGCAGUGGGGGGAGACAGAGGAGGUGGAGGAAGAGGAGGAGGGGGAGGACGUGGGGGUAAAUCAAGCAAGCUCCAUGGCCACCAGCCCUCCAUGUGGUGCCACUCCUCCCAGCCACACUCCCAGCCCCAACUCCCCUUACAGCACAGCCACAGUAAGAGGCUUCGCUCCAGGGCCAGAGAAGCUGGGUCCCCCUCCAGAACCCUCCACCACCUACACCAGCCUGCUUCUCAAGCUCAGCCAGGGGGAGAGAGGGAGAUGCUGCCCAGCCUGCCUGCAUCGUCUGGGGGCUUGGUCCCCCUGGCUCAGAGGCAUGAGCACCACCACGAGCACCAUCACCACCACCACCAUCACUACCACUACCACCCCCCGGCAUGACUGCAGUCUGCACUCCACUCAGGGAUACAGAGACUGAGAGAAACACCUCCCUGUGGUUUAGCCUAUAGCUAGGGCCCUGAGCCAUUCCUGGUCAGGUCAGGUGGGCCUUAGAUAUAGUAUAAAGCUGUGGGACACCACCAUUCUCCAUGCUAAGGAGUAAUAGCAACUCCGUACAAAAAUGAACUGUUAUGCCCUGUAUUGAUAACUGAGUUUCAUGUUGAAUGUGCCAUGUUGAAUAUGCUACUCACCUUUGGAAGCCCUCUAAACGGAUGUUUCUUCUCAGGUUUCUAUAGUGGAGGCUGCUGAGGGGAGAACAGCUCAUAAUAAUGGCCGGAAUGGAGCAAAUGGAAUGGCAUCAA